AUGGCCAGUCCUCUUAUCUACAACGUUGUGUUAAAGACCCAACCUGACUCAGUUCUCUCAGAAGACCUCUGUGCCUCGGAGUACUCCUGUGCGAGCUGCUCCCAAGUGAGGAUCUGCCGCCGAAGUCAAGGGAGGUACCAGGAGGUGUUUAGACUCAAUUGCGGUGGUUCCACCCCUUUCUGUGAUCCUAGAGGGUUCUGCAGUGCUAACUUUACUCACGAGUGUGCCAAUGUUGGAAUCUUCCCCUGUAUGCAGGACGGAGUGUUUCCCGACCCCCUAGACUGUAAGGCCUACCACGUAUGCUACAAUGGGACGUCCCAUAGCUUCCAGUGUCCCAGUGGGACGUAUUUUAAUGGGACUCAUUGCGGGUCUACUUCCUGCAAUACCAUCAACUGCAAAGGAAAAUCUGGAAUAAAGGUGCCUUACCCCCUCAAUGCGUCCACUUAUGCGUUUUGUCUCAACGACAAGCCAUUGUUCAUGGAUAUUUGUCCUCCAGACAAUAAAAUGCACGAGGAACUACAACAGUGUUUGCCUGUCUGCAGCUACACUGGUGAGAAGAUACCUUACCAUUCGGACAGCACAAAGUAUUACUCCUGCUCUCGUCCUUCCACGUUUGUCAUCCACUACUGUCCUGAGGGCCAAAGGUUCGAUCCCUCUUCCAGGUCCUGCACGAGAACCUCCGUAUCCUGUGUACCAUCUAGAACCAGCGACCUUACCAUGGCUAUUUCGGUCUAUCACUAA